GGAGCGGGAGCGGCCCUCGGCGGCGGCGCGAGGCCGCGGCGGGGUCGGCGCGUGCAGCAUGACAGCGCGAGCGCCAGGAGGCUGUGAGGGCUGCUGAAGAUGUCUGAUAGUGUGGAUAUUGAAGAGAAACCUCCAGCCCCCCCGUUGAGAAUGAACAGCAACAAUCGUGAUUCUUCAGCACUAAACCACAGCUCCAAACCACUCCCCAUGGCCCCUGAGGAGAAGAACAAGAAAGCCAGGCUCCGUUCCAUCUUCCCAGGAGGAGGGGAUAAAACCAACAAGAAGAAAGAGAAAGAACGUCCUGAGAUCUCUCUUCCUUCAGACUUUGAACACACCAUUCAUGUGGGAUUUGAUGCCGUCACUGGAGAAUUCACACCAGAUCUCUAUGGCUCACAGAUGUGCACAGGGAAGCUCCCAGAGGGCAUUCCAGAGCAGUGGGCCAGGCUACUCCAGACCUCCAACAUAACAAAACUGGAACAGAAGAAGAACCCACAAGCUGUUUUAGAUGUUCUCAAAUUUUAUGAUUCCAAAGAAACAGUUAACAACCAGAAAUACAUGAGCUUUACGUCAGGAGAUAAAAGUGCCCAUGGCUACAUUGAAGCCCAUCCCUCGAGCACAAAAACAGCCUCAGAACCCCCACUAGCUCCCUCUGUUUCUGAAGAAGAGGAUGAAGAUGAUGAAGAAGAGGAGGAUGACAAUGAGCCUCCACCUGUUAUUGCACCACGGCCUGAACAUACAAAAUCAAUCUACACACGCUCUGUAAUUGAACCUGCUGCUGCACCAGCACCUGCUAAAGAAGCCACCACUCCCCAGCCUGAAAACUCAAACACAAACACUUUGUACAGAAACACAGACCGGCAGCGGAAAAAAUCCAAGAUGACAGAUGAGGAGAUCCUAGAGAAACUGAGGAGCAUUGUGAGUGUGGGAGAUCCGAAGAAGAAAUACACUCGAUUUGAAAAAAUUGGCCAAGGGGCAUCAGGAACUGUUUAUACAGCAAUCGACAUCGCCACAGGACAAGAGGUGGCCAUAAAACAAAUGAAUCUCCAACAACAGCCCAAAAAGGAACUAAUUAUUAAUGAAAUCCUGGUCAUGAGGGAAAAUAAGAACCCCAAUAUUGUUAACUAUUUAGACAGCUACCUGGUGGGUGAUGAGCUCUGGGUGGUUAUGGAGUACUUGGCUGGAGGCUCAUUGACUGAUGUGGUUACAGAGACAUGUAUGGAUGAAGGACAGAUAGCAGCUGUCUGCAGGGAGUGCCUGCAAGCUCUGGAUUUCCUUCAUUCAAACCAAGUGAUUCACAGAGACAUCAAAAGUGACAAUAUUCUUCUCGGAAUGGACGGAUCUGUCAAAUUGACUGAUUUUGGCUUCUGUGCUCAGAUCACCCCUGAGCAGAGCAAACGGAGCACAAUGGUUGGGACUCCUUACUGGAUGGCACCAGAAGUUGUGACAAGGAAAGCAUACGGCCCCAAGGUGGACAUCUGGUCACUUGGGAUCAUGGCAAUAGAAAUGGUGGAAGGAGAACCUCCUUACCUUAAUGAAAAUCCUCUCAGGGCGCUGUAUCUGAUCGCUACCAACGGGACGCCGGAGCUGCAGAACCCCGAGCGGCUCUCGGCCGUGUUCCGAGACUUCCUCAACUGCUGCCUGGAGAUGGACGUGGACAGACGAGGGUCUGCCAAGGAACUUCUGCAGCAUCCAUUUUUAAAAUUAGCCAAGCCUCUCUCCAGCCUGACUCCUCUGAUCAUUGCAGCAAAGGAAGCGAUUAAGAACAGCAGCCGCUAGCGUUUCAGGCUGGUGUUCCCCCUGUGCCAGCUCAGAGCAGGACCGAGAACAAAAACUCUGUAAAACCUCAACUCUUGUGCUGCAGGACAGAUGGAUGGAUGAACAAACCAACAGUCACAGUCGUGGUAGGAGGGAGAACAACCGGUCCCUCAAGGAGUAAAAUCUUAUCAUUUGUCUUCUUCCUGCUUUCUGGCUCCUUAAUUUAUUUUUAGGAUGAAACAGGGCUUAAGACAGAGAGGUAAUGACUGAAAAUGCUUUGCUGCCUCAGCCAUUUUCAAGGUAAAGCAAAUUCAGUUGGAAGAUUGCCUUCCUUCUCUCCCUGUGAAUAAGUUGUAAAUUCACUUUUAAAUUGUCGGUUGUUUCUUAAGAACAGAAAGUACCUUCUGUGUUUUGUUUUGGUUUUCUUGCUAUGGUUUGGAAUUGGAGAAGGGUCUCCUUCCUUCAUAAACUCCAGACUGCGCUGCCUUUUGAAUACAGCCCACUCAGUGAUGUUUGUCCAGUCAUGGUACUUGUAGAUGAAGAAGAAAGUGAAAUUGCAUUUCCAACCAAAAACAAACCAAGAGUGAGGCAGAUGGAUCCUGUCGAGAUACAGGCUUUCAACUGUGAAUAUAUAGUGUUUCAGUUCUUGACAAUUUGAUUUGUAUAACUAAUUGUAAUCUGUUUGCCUGGGUAAGAGUCUAAUGAAAACUAAAAAAGCAGAGAGCUGAGUCAGUGUGCUCAGAAAGGGCUCAUCUGAUGCCAAGCUGUAAAACAGGAGGUGAGAGCAAGCCCAGCUGUGCCUGGUGCUGAGUCCUGGCAGAGCACAGAGCAGCCCCGAGCUGGAAAAAGGUGCUUGGAAUGGCCAGUGGCAGCAGAGCAGCUCGGGGUGCUUCCCUCUGGGUAUCUGGACUGAUCACCCCCUGGCAGAGGGUUCCCGAGGUGAAUGUGGCUGUGCUGGAACCACAGAGAGCGGUUGGUGGGAGCAGAGCUGGGUAGGAUGUCACCUCUGAGGGAGCCUGAUCAUCCUGUAGCUCCUGGCAGAGGUCAGUAGCAUCUGUGCUGCUAUCAGAGGGGGAGGGAGCCAGGUUGUUGUGCAGGUGAGUGUCCCUGAGGGACACGAGUUUAGUCCUGGAAGUUGUGUGACAGGAGCGAGUGAAAGCACCUGAACAGCCAGUGAUGUGCUGAGCAGAGGUGUGGAGUAUCACUGCAGGAAUACCAUCAGCCAGCCCAUGCUCUGUGUCCUGCAUUUCUGGGUUGCUGGGAGAGGGGAACCCUGGAUGUGACUGAGGAGUGUGCUUGACUUGUCCUCUGAUUUGUAAGGGAGCAGAAUAGUUUUAAGUAUGCAAUUUGUGUUUUAUUUAUUCAUUUCUGAAAGAUGCAAUGUGGCUUCACUCAGAAAAAAAGUAUUUGCAUGGUGUAUCUGUUGCUGUGUGUUAGUGGUACAAAAGACCUUCAGAACAGCAAUUGAAGCAACACCCACCCUGUGAGCAGGGAAAGAAAAAAGUAAACAAGCCUUUUGCUGUCCCCUUUUGCUGUCCAUUUUCAUGUGUAGGCCCAGGAGCCUUUAAGGUAGAGACCACCUUCACAUUCUGCCAGUAGGAACAAGGGAAGCUUGGGCUGUUCUCCAGUUGGCUGUUAGCUUGGGUGACUUUGGCUUCUUCCUUUGUUCCAGUCUGUGUGUUGCACCUGACCUUGCUCUGUCUGUCCCAGUGUCUUUGGCCAAGGUGAUGCCUGCUGAGGUACCAUGACCUGUCCUGAUGUCCUGGGGAGCACAAAAGGUCUGAUUGUCAGAUGCACAAAUUCCAUGCAGAGGUUGAGCACCAUCCGUGGUGCUCAGGGGGUUUUCUGAAACAGGGCAACCUCAGGGGGAGCCGAGGGAGCCACCAGGAGCUGACAGCUCCCCCCCAUGGAGCCUGAGGAGACCUGGGCAGGGCCAGGAGCAAUGGUGACCAAGCUCCCAUGUGGAUAGGCUGCUGGAAUCACACACCACAGCCUGGCUGACCAGAGGGCUCAGCACUGGGGCCAGGUCUGUUUAAUAUCUUUAUCAAUGAUCUUGAUGAGGGGAUGAUGUGCACCCUGAGGGAAUCUGCAGACGACACCAAGUGGGGUAGAAGUGUUUAUCUGCCUGAGGGUAGGAAGGCUGUGCAGAGGGAUCUGGACAGGAUGGAUCAAUGGGCUGAGGCCAAUUGUAUGAGGUUCAACAGGGCCAAGUGUCAGGUCCUGCACCUGGGUCACAGUAGCCGCAGGCAAUGCUCCAGGAUUGAGGAAGAGUGGCCAGAAAGUGCCUGUUGGAAAAGGGCCUGGGAGUGUUGGGUGACAGCCAGCUGAGUAUCAGCCAACAGUGUGCCCAGGUGGCCAAGAAGGCAACCAGCAUCCUGGCUUGCAUCAGCACUGAUACGGCCAGCAGGACCAGGGCAGGGAUCAUCCUGUGUUGGGCACUGGUUGAGGCUGCACCCUGAGUCCUGGGGUCUGUUUUGGGCCCUUCAUGACCAGAAGGACAUUGAGGGGGUGAAUCAUGUCCAGAGAAGGCAUUGGAGCUCAGGGUGUGUAGUCUGGAGAAAAUUAGGCUGAUGGGAGAGCUUCUCACUCUUCUCCCAAGUAAUAAGUGAUAGCAUAGGAGUAAAUAGCCUCAAGUUGUGCCAGGGGAGGUUUAGAUUGGAUAUUAGGAACAAUUUCUUCCCCAGAAGGGCUGUCAAGCCCCAGCCCUGGCUGCCCAGAGCAGUGGUGGAGCCACCAUCCCUGGUGACACUGAAAGCCCUGCAGAUGUGGUGCUGAGGGACGUGGUUUAGUGGUGGCCUUGGCAGUGCUGGGUUAACACUUGGACUGAGUGAUCCUUAAGGUCCCUUCCAACUUCAGUAAUUCUGUUCUAGUGCAAAGACUGCUGCUUUUUUAAGGCCCUAUUUUUCUCUGUCAGCUGAAGUUGUCUAACCAGGAGAGAGACUUUCUGAAGAGAGUAUUUCAUGGCUGCCCUCCGUGUAAAACAUUCAUCUCAAUGAAAGACAUUUAUAUUCCAUGAAAAAAGGGAAGAAACAAGUGUCACUUUCUGUUUCCAGUGUAGCUUUUAUGGUUUUCCUACUUCGUUUUCCUACGAAGGCCCAGACAGCCGUCCUCCAGAAAGAAAGCACUUUUUUUUGUUUGUUUUUUUUUAUGGCACACGUUUUCUGGACACACAGUGUAAAUACUUACAUUGUCAGACUACACUGGCUGAUUGCAGGGUUUUUCCCUAGUUAUUUUCUUUAUCUAUACAAACUUCAGCAGCUCUACUUUAAAAGUAACACCUUCUCAGCUUCUCAGAAGAUAACAGGUAUGAAAAAUAGGAAAAAUCAAGUGGUACUUUUUUUAAUCAGUGUGUGCCCUAGCAUACAGAUUAGUGCUGGCACUGGCGUUUUAAAGACAACUGCUGUAAUAAGAUGCCUUAUUUUUUAUGUUAUUAAAUACUAUAUUUGCUUUUCUUUGCAUCAGCAAAUGUAGAGGUUUUCCUUUUAAAAAAAAAUCAUUGGGAGGCAGACAGGAUUGAACAGAAAUCAUCUCUGCCAGGGGCUGUGUUCAACCUGAGGCUGUUGCCAUGCAGGGCAAGGCUCUGGCACUGAACCUCAGUCACUGGAUACUGAAGGAUGGAAGCUGCACUUUUAUCAUCCCAGCUCUGAUAGGAAAAGGGGAAGAGAUAUUAUACUAACAAAAAAAAAAACAAAAAACAAACCCAAACCAAACCAAAUCAAAGCAGUCCUGAGAGGGGCAAGUAUUACACAUUAUUUACAGGCCUAUGGCAAUAGUGUUGACCUUGUCAAAAGGAAAGAGAUGAACACCAUAGGAUCCCUGGAACCAUGUUGGGUUUUCUAAGUGCUAUCCUCUAAGCAGAUAUAUUUUUGGCAGUAUCAGAAUUAGUCUGUUUCUUGUGAAAAGCAUAGGCAAAUAGUUUUCAAACACUUUCAUUCCAAGGUUUUAAAAGAUGGGUUAUCUGUUCAUUUCUAAAUUCAUUAAAUGGUAAAAAAAAAACCCUAUCCAGAGGUUGACUGAUUACCAUCCCUGCAGUGAAGAUGUGUGAGAAUGACCCAACAGCUCAUUUUGGUUUUAAUGUGCUUUGGGCCAGAAGCAUGAUAGUAAAGUCAGGGAAGUUUGAGAAGCACACAAAAAGUUUUUUAAUAAAAAAGUAAAAAGUAAAAAAAAAAAUACCAGAAAACAUACCUAUGUAGAAUUCUGUACAGCUCCUGCAUGCACUCCUGGGAGCCUGCAUGGGAUCUUACAGUGCUCUUGGGGUUUGAUCACCAACUCGGGCUGGGGUUGCAUCCUGAUUUCUUGUGUCCAGCACUUCUGUAAAUACUUCUGUGUUUAUUCUCCACCUUUGGCAACUGCUCGGCCAGCUCACACUGCACACACCAACUCAAGUUGUUUGUGCUGAAUUUCUUUGAGGCCAGAGGCUGCACUUGGCAGGUGUCUGUGCCCCCGUGUCCUCUCACUGCAACUGAAGCACAUUCCAGUCACCACAAGAAGGGAAGUACCUGUCCCUGUGCCCUGCUUGUAGGAAGUGUCACUGUACCUGCUGUCUGUGUGGCCGCUAUUUCCAGCGUGAAGUCAUUGCCCUGGCCACUCAGAGUUCCUCACACCAAACAUUUUUUUUUUCUUCCCCCAUACCAGGUAAAUAUCUUUGAUUUUAGCCCCCCGUUUUCAGGCAGCCAGCAAAGGACAACCUUUGUGGUUCACCAUAGACCACCCAAGGUUUCAUAGAGCAUGAUUUGGAAUUCAGAGAGCUUUAAAACGUCUCUUUGCUUGCAUCUGUCCUCUAGUUGAUGGGGUGGUUUCUUUUUCUGUCUGAAGUUUGGUGAAUCUUGCUUAUCAGAUGUAAUUUAGAGCUGACUGCCAUAACCCAAGGGAUGCAUAUGAACUAUUACUGGCCCGAGGUUGUGUGCAUCUUUGGUGGCAAGAGCCAUCUCAUAAGAAAAAAAUGGUAUUACAGGAAAGAGGAGGGAUGGUGACAUGCUCUUCAUGGGUGCCUUUGGACUGUCAGAUGCAUACAAGCCUGCAGACUUUGUUCUCAACACCAAGUACUGGGAGAAAAGGAAAUGGCCUCAAUUUGUUCCAGGGGAGCUUCAGAAUCGGGUACUAAGAAAAAAAAUUAUUUUCCAAAAAAGGUUUUCAGGCACUAGACCAGGCUGCCCAGACCAGUGGUGGAUUUGCCAUCCCUGAAGGCAUUCCAAAUACUCAAAAGCCAUGUAGAUGUGGUGCUGAGGGACAUUGUUUUGUGGUGGCUUUGGCAGUGCUGGGGUAAAUGGCUGGAAUUCAUCCUAAAGGUCUUCUCAAACCUGGGAGAUUCUAACAGAUGUCUGCCAGCUUUAGCUCGUUCUGGGUCAGCAGCAUGAGUUUUAGCCAAGUUUACUCUCUGUCAGCUCUUGUGGCCUGAGGCUCCAGCUGCUGUAGCUGCCAGUGCACACAGACUGCUUGGAGAGAUGUGUACAACAUCCAGCACUGAGAGAGGAAGUGUCUGAACUGAAACCAUGAGUAUUGCUUGUGUGUAACCUCCCCACUGUCCUUUAUUCCUUUCAGGGGCUUGAUAAGUUUUCCUAAAGAGAGAAAUUAAGCUGUGUGUUACCUCUCUUUCUAAUGCUUCACUGAUUUUUGUCCCUCUCUGUGUCCUCUGUUCUUCCUGUGCUUGGUGGCUUCUAACCAAGAUUGUGUAACUGGCUCAGAUAAUGUCCUCAAGAUCCCCAUUUCUGUGCCCUUUGAGCUCUUUACAGCAGCCUUUUGUUUCUGUAAGCUUGGAGAGGGAGCUACCAGCUCCAUUUUUGUGCAUAACCUCCCAGAGCCCUGGGCCUGUCACCUGAACUCCAUGCUGGCACUGAGGGCUCCACACCUCAGGCUGGUGGGGCACUGCUGCAACCCUGAGGGAAUGCUGGCACGUUGGUGAAGUUGGGUCCUUUUGGUGUCUGUCUCAUUUGUCUGGCCCAGCCACAGCUACAGGGAUCAGACACAGCCACUGCUGCUAUUGCUGCAGUCAGUGGGAGUUUGGAUGUUGGCUUCAGUCCCAGCGGAAUCAGUGGGGUUGUCCCAGGGCCCCACAUGUGGACAGGAGCUGCCUGCUGCUCUUCUUAUGUGAAAGGUGUCCAGGUCAGAAGUGGUUCAGCACAGCAAACAUGACGUCCCUUCCAUCCAAGGCUGCAGAGACUUUUGGACCUUUGAGUUCAAGGUGCACAAUUGGCAGUUGCUUUUUGUCCCACUGUUGGUGUUGGUGUUCAGCAGUGCUGCUACAUCUGUUUGUAGCACAGCAACAGGGAAAAAAAGCCUCAGUGCUCUGCAGGUGCCACAUCUGGGAGCUGCUGGUGGCUGCCUGGGCAGGUCAGACCCUGCAGGGAGCUGCUCCAGGUAAGAACAGGCAGCCAGGACUGCACACCCCAUAACCCCCAGGGAGAGAUCAUCUCCCCCCCUGGGCAGAGCCCCGAGUCUGGGCACCCUGGGAGCUGCACUGCAGGUGCUGCAAGUACAGAAACUCGUGGGGAGAAUCUGCAAAAGAAUUCUGCAACUCUUGCCUGGAUCAGGGUGUGACCAGGGGGAACUCCAGUUCAAUCCCAUGCAAUCAGUUUACAGCUAUGCUGGUGUCUGUGAGAUAAUUUUUUUUCUUCAGGGUAUCCAGAAAAAAGUAAACUGAGGAGGAGCCUACAUUCUCAUCGUUCAUCAGAAAUGUGUCUCAUUUUGCUGUACAUUCCUUUUUUAGGACGUGUUAUCUGUUUAAAAAAAAAGAGAGAAAAAACAAAAAAAAGAAAAAGAUAAAAGAAAAAACAAAUGUGUAGUGAAAAAAUCUUCUGUAACUUUGGAUUAAGAGGUAAAACUGAUCUUUUUAAAAAGAGAACUAAGUUAUUUACUUUGUAAAUGUGCUGAUGGCAUGGAUCCAUCUUACUGACCUCAGCAUCCUUUUUUUUUAAGAUUUUGGGUUUUGUUUCCAAUAUUAAGUUAUUUUAAAUUGUGGUUGAAGCAAUAGAAAAAUUGAAAUAUGGAUUGUGCAUGACUGUGUCUUGAGUGUAAAAAUAUUGCAGUUUGAAACUUGGACCUAAAGUAUUGCAAAUAAAAGUUAUAAAUACCAA